AUAUAGUGUGCAGUUGUGUUUCGAGCGGCCGGCGAGCUUGUCGCGUGUGCACACGGUGUUCACAAGUCGUGUGGUAAAAAUACUAUAACAAUAAUAACAAUAAUAACAAUACAACAAAUUCCAUAAACACACACCGUUGGUAGUAAAAAAUUUAAUAUAAGAAUCUUAUAAUCGAAUAUUAUUAUAUUUUUAUCUCCGCGGCCGAGUGCUGCAGUCACGCCGGUGCAGUGCAAGUCGAUUAAAAAACUUCCGAUAGACGUGCAACGUGUGCCGUCGUAUUCCACCUAAGUUUUUCACGGUAAACUUAGGCUCCGAGAUGGGUCGAAAGUUCCCGUUGACCACUUCGUUUUUGGGUUUCCCGCUCAAGACCGGAGCCAUCAUCAGCGGCGUCUACGGAAUAGUGAUUGCCAUAGUCACUCUAUUAAUCAUUCUGAUAUGUGACAUCAGAAUACAGACCAUUGUCAUAGAUUUCUUACCCAAAGCUGUCGUACAAAUCAUUGUCUCCAUCAACCUGCUUAUGACAGUAUUAAUAUCGGUUCUGCUUUUGGUCGGGAUUUUUAAGCGAAAGAAGAUAUUGAUGCUUCCUUGGAUAGUACUUACAAUCAUGUUAUGCAUUGGACUAGUGAUAUCUGUGAUAUACACUUCUAUUGACUUCUUGAUUCAUAAAUUCUAUUUCACUAGCUUUGGGGUUUUAGUGAUUGGCUUGCUAUGCGUGGGUAUUUACGUGUACAUGUGGUGGGUGACUUACAGUUAUUAUCAAAAAAUCAAAGAAGAAGAUAACCGGACUCCAUACACUAGAACACCUUACUACGGCUGAACCAUUUAACUAAAUUAUUUUCACAAUGAUGAAUGUUUGUACGAUAAUCAUGCAAUGUUAUUGCCAAUAAGAUUUUUCUAGACAUGAUGAAAUGAUUAAUCCUCGACAUUGUAUAUAAUAACAUUGAAUGUGUGUGUACAAGUUAUAGUAUUAAGUAGUUUAACAAGGUUGUUUUUCAUGUUAAUAUUUUAAUGCACUAUUUAUAUAUAUAUAUAUUUUUUUUUUAAUUUAUAAUAUUUAUAAUAUGUAUAUAAUAAACAAUUAAAUAAUAUACCCACAAAGUUAAAAUAA